UGGUGCUCUCCACCAGCUCAACCGAUCAAUUGAGGAAUUUACCCCCAGGUUUUGGGUGUCAAGUUCUCUGUUUAUGAAUUUUGUUAUAUGCAGUUGUGCGCCAUAUGCGUGUGCGUGUAACUCCGAGGUGUCCAACGCUUUCUGAAUUACUCAUUCAAUGCUUAGCAGAAAUCGUUCACUCCCUCUCCCACUUCGCUAUCAAUUGGACUCCGAGGUGGGAAUUUGGUCAUUCAUUAUAUAAAGGGAUCAACAUCUCCUGCUGAGGUUCACUUUUUUUUUGCCUGAGGAGUCUUUCUUUUCCACAGUUCUUACGCCAUACAACUUAUACACAUACAAUGCUUAGAACAAACUUGAGAACCUUCGCCAGACCACAAUUCAUCAGAGGCCUUGCCACUGCGCCAGUCAUCCCAAAGACCCAGAAGGGUGUGAUCUUCUACGAGAACGGUGGUGAGUUGCAAUACAAGGACAUUCCAGUCCCAGAGCCAAAACCAAACGAGAUCUUGGUCAACGUCAAGUACUCUGGUGUCUGUCACACCGAUUUGCACGCUUGGAAGGGUGACUGGCCAUUGCCAGUCAAGUUGCCAUUGGUUGGUGGUCACGAGGGUGCCGGUAUUGUCGUCGCCAAGGGUUCCGAGGUCAAGAACUUCGAGAUUGGUGACUACGCCGGUAUCAAGUGGUUGAACGGUUCUUGUAUGUCCUGUGAGCUCUGUGAGAAGGGUUACGAGUCCAACUGUUUGCAAGCUGACUUGUCUGGUUACACCCACGACGGUUCUUUCCAACAAUACGCCACUGCUGAUGCCGUCCAAGCUGCUCAAAUCCCAAAGAACGUUGACUUGGCUGAGAUCUCCCCAAUCUUGUGUGCCGGUGUUACCGUCUACAAGGCCUUGAAGACCGCUGACUUGGCUCCAGGCCAAUGGGUUGCCAUUUCUGGUGCUGCUGGUGGUUUGGGUUCCCUUGCCGUCCAGUACGCUAAGGCCAUGGGUCUCAGAGUCCUCGGUAUCGACGGUGGUGCUGAGAAGGAGAAGCUCUUCAAGUCCCUCGGUGGUGAGAUCUUCAUUGACUUCACCAAGGAGAAGAACAUUGUUGAGGCCAUCCAAGAGGCCACCAACGGUGGUCCACACGGUGUCAUCAACGUCUCCGUUGCUGAGGCUGCUAUCUCCCAAUCCACUGAGUACGUCAGACCAACCGGUACCGUCGUUCUUGUCGGUUUGCCAGCUGGUGCCGUCUGUAAGUCCGAGGUCUUCUCCCACGUUGUCAAGUCCAUCUCCAUCAAGGGUUCCUACGUCGGUAACAGAGCUGAUACUCGUGAGGCUAUUGACUUCUUCGAGAGAGGUUUGGUCAGAUCUCCAAUCAAGAUUGUUGGUUUGUCUGAGCUUCCAGAGGUUUACAAGUUGAUGGAACAAGGUAAGAUCUUGGGUCGUUACGUUGUUGACACCACUAAGUAAACAGUUACUUCAUCUUAGUUUCAGAUAUGAUUGAAUGAUUUACUUUGCGAUAGGAGAAUACAGCUU